AUGAAGGGUGUCGUUAUAUCAGAAAAACAAUGCCCCAUGUGUUGGGGUGAAGGAUUUCCCCAAGAUGGCUCUGGCGCCCACGAUAGAAUCCAUGAGUUGGAGGGACAGGUGCAAGUGUUGACAGUGCGUGCUUCCGCUACAGAGAAGUCAAGAGUUUUCUUUCUUCUUCCCAUCCAACCCUUGAAAAGAAGAAACUCUUCGCUCACCGCAUCGCAAACAGCUGCCAAACUUGGCGAGUACGAAGACGAAAUCCGACAUCUACGCUCCUCCCAAUCCCAAGGACCAUACCACACCCCACAAGGCAGCUCUUCAUUGGGGAGACCCCCUUCUCAAACCGACCAUUCCUCACCACAGCGCCCAACAUCCUCAAAAUCUCAAUCCCAAUCACAAACAUACCACAGCCGCUUCACAAACCUAGCCUCCCUCCUCCCCUACCGACGCAGCAGUGCAACACCCGCAACACCCCCCGGUACCGUUCUCCCAAGUACCCCGACGGCGCUCCCAACACCCCUCACACGCAUGUCCCCCGCGAACAUCGAGCACACUACCGAGCUGCAGGAUGCGCUUACGCGCGAACAGAGAUUGCGCAAUGCAGCCGAGUCGCAGCUUUCGCAAGCAAGUACUGAACUAGAGGAAUUGACGAUGCAGCUUUUUAGCCAGGCGAAUGAGAUGGUUGCGGAGGAGCGGAAGGCUCGCGCGAAGCUGGAGGAGAGAGUUGCUGUGCUGGAACAGAGGGAUAUAGAGAAGCACAGUCGGUUGGAGAGGUUGGAGAAGGCUGUGGCGCGUGUAGAACGGUUGAGGGCUUUGGUUAAUCAUAAAGAUGCUUCGACUGUUGGAUCUGAGGCCUUUGGUUGA